AUGAGUGGAAGUGGGACACAGUCUUUGCUUUUCCUCAAUCUUCCCGAGCUGAGGAACUUAUGUUGUGUAAAUCUGUUCUUCUCGAACAGUUACGAUGAACCAGACUUGAGAAACAAACAAGUGAAAACUUUCAGGGAGCUUGUUCUCUUGCAUUCAGACAUUGUUGCUUCUCCUGUGUUGGGCCAUUUUGGGGGCAUCACUGUUAUUAUGACUAUUGCAUUUUACAAGAGCGGUAUCAUCCAGGCUUUUGCACAGAAACAUGGUCUACAGGUUGUUUGUCCAGAAAAAUGUCUCAAAUAUCCCUCAACCGUUCUGCAGACGUGUUUGUCUUAUUCUGUGACUGCUAGACUGGCCCCUAAAUGGAACAAAGCAGGACAAUAUCUAAUAGCAGAAAAAGAUUUCCUCAGUGACUCUGGAAAACGCAAUGCGGUUGUGCUUGAGCUGAGUCUCACUGAGACUCAACUGUGUGUCGGUGUGGAAGCCGACACAGUCAGACUUCCUCCAGCUGUGAUACAGGAUUUUGAUAUUCCUGCUCCUGUGGUGAAAAAGGUCCUCCACACUAAUGAUGCUGUGCUGGAUACAGUCAUGCCAAAUAACUGGUGCCAUGUUCUGCCAAGUAUGAAGAAAGGCCAAAUCAUUAGCAUCAGUCGCAGGAUUCCACAGCAAAGCCCAUUCCAAUCUUACAUGGAGUUUCAAAAGCACUGGAACAACAUGUAUGGAUAUCAGCUGUCCUCAGUAAGCGAAGAGGAAGUCGUCUACUGCAGUGUGUACUUUAAACCAAUAGGUGACGAGCUGUUCACAUAUCCAUUGUGCUGCAUCCGCACUCAGCCAGUACAGUGCUUUCCCAGAGUGGACCAGCAGGGGGUGCUGGGAACCAUCGUAUCAGAUCUGCAGGCCGGACUGGAGAGUGUGUGCGGUUUUUCAGUGCGGAUGACCUGCAAGCCUUGCUACUACAGCAAUGAACUGAACAGACCAGACACUCAGGGAGACACGUUUGAGUCAAAACGAAAGAGGCUCAAACAGAGUGUGCAGGAUGUGGAAGUAUAUGCAACGAGCAAUCAGCUGUAG